UCUUCCGUCCCACUCGUCGCAGAGGACAGACGUCACCGUCUUAGCCACCGCUAGGCUGCCAUUUGAUUGUGGUCACACUGCUUUACAAACAUUGCACAUUGUCCAUCAGAGAUUGGGAACAAAGCACUGGGAUUGAAGGUGCCGUCAAAAGGUUUCAAUCAUCACCUGGCUUGCCAAUACACUAGAAACGUGGCUGCAUUGCUGAAUUACCGGCGCACAGAAGCUGCAUAGUUAUCACAGAGGGCCCCCCUAUUCACUCCACCCCUGCGAUAUGAGCAGAGGUAGAGGAGGGCCUUCCAAAGAACAAUACAGUAGACCUCUGACGGCCCACCUCAAGGCCAAGCAAUAUUCCUCCUCGACUGAUCCAUCCACCCCUCACCCAAGGGUCCCGCCUCCUUUGCAGGUCCCCCGUACUAAUGACUUCUCCUGCUCCGGUUACCCUGUAGGACCUUUCCGAUCCCCAGAACAUUCUCGUUUUUCUUUGACCCCAACCGUGCCCUACAACAAUCAAGUCUCCUCUGUGAAAGUAGGGGACCCUACUGCAUCAUUUAAUCAGAACCUGAGGCCCAGACCUGAACCCAACAGCUUUCUGUACCUUCAGGCAAAAUUCCUAAGGGGACAAAGCUCCGAGGCACCACAGUUUAGAGGCAGUCCCAGGCAACAAGGCUGGACACCUAACAACAGGGCAUCUUUUGCCCCCCACCAGCCAGUGUACGGUCGAUACCCCCGCAGCAGUCCUCGAGGGAGGGGCAACAAUCGUUGGAACCAGGGAUUUGCUAACUCCUCUGUUGACGGAGCCACCAGAACACCCUCAGUUUCUCAAUACUGGAACCACAACCAGACCCACACUGCCACAUAUAGCCAGCACUCCAACAGACACUGGGGCACCCAAUCAGACUCUCUAGCUGAAGGUUUCCAGGAUCUAUCCCUUCACAACGACCGGUCGAAUACAAGUUUGUGCAGUUUUGAUAGCACAUCCCCGUCGGGCACCUCAAUCAGCAAUAGCUGUAGUAAAGUUAAUCUCACCGCUACGUCAGACAUCCAGGAGUUGCUCCUUAGCGCAUUGGCUGCACUGAGUCCCAGUGAGAGCAUCGCCGCAAGACCCCUGGCCAAAAGGCUUAAGCUGCCCAAGAAGAUAGUCAACUCUGUUCUUUACUCUCUGGAGGGUUUAGGAAAAGCGUUCAAAAAAGGAACAACCCCUCCACUGUGGUCGCUGUACAGAGAACUCGGUGGAGCGCUGGUCCUCGUCAACGACAAGCGGGGAGGCCAUCUCGCCCAGCAGUGGAAUUGUUCAGAACGUUCUCUUCAACCAACAAUUCAACUUGAACAAAAUGUAGAGACCAUAGAAGCCCUUGAAGAACCAGAAGAACGCUGUUCUGUCAGAGAAGACUGCUCUGACGCAGAAUCCACUUCUUCCUGCUGCUCCUCCUUUGAGUCCUCUGACUCUGACCAUAACAACACUCCCACUGUCAGCUCCUCUCUCCAGGAAGUGCAUCCUCCAGCGAUGGCCAACCAAAAGGACCAAAUCUUCGGAUACCUACUUCAGAACCCCGAUGCGUCAGCUCUUGUCAUCGCCAAGAAUGUGGGCCUCAAAACCGCCCAGCAGAUCCACUCCACUCUGCACAACAUGGAGAAGCAGGGUGAGCUCAAAAAGAACAGCGAGGUCAACCCGCCCACCUGGGAGCUGUCCAACCGCCGCCGGGAGAAGAUGGAGAGGAGCCUCAAGGCCUCGCAGUGCGCCCCCCCUGCCGAGCAGCUCAUGGAGGUGGGAGACGCAGCGGGCAAGGGAGCCGGCACAGCCAUGUUACUUCCUCCUCCUGCACAAGGCCUCGAACCCAGUCCGUUACAGGAGAGCUGGCAGCCUCUCCAGGGCAUGAAGGAGGAGGCAGGGAGGCUUGCCAUCGGCAGCGCAGGUUUUCCCUCGGCUGAGGACCAGUCCAUGGGCCGGUCCCCAGACGUCGGUGUGAAGCCGGACCCGGAGCAAGAGAGGCCCCCUGCUCCCUCUGCGGCCACGCCCUUCCACCCUCGGGACGACGAGGCCAAUGGGGAACAGUGGGCCACCGACGAGAUACCAGAGUUUCUCAACGCUAUCCGGCGGCAGACCGACGCCCACAAGCGCACCGGAGACGGCGCCGACAACAUGGGGACGGUGGCGGUGUCACUGGCCGCCCCGCCGCCCCAGAACCAGUGGGCCAAGCUGCAGGAGGUGCGGCUCAAGAACCCGGUGAGCGGCCUCAUGGAGUACGCCCAGUACCUCGGCCAGUCCUGUGAGUUUGUGCUCCUUGACCAAUCGGGUCCCUCGCACGACCCCAGGUUCCGCAUGCAGGUGAUUCUGGACGGACGGUCGUUCCCCGUCGCCGAGGCGUCCAGCAAGAAAGUGGCCAAGAAGGACGCGGCGGCCGCCACCCUGCGCAGCCUGAUCGGGGAGGGGCAGGGCGGGGCGGGCACCGGGGAGGACCGCACGCCAGCACCCCUGGACCAGGUCAUGGACCCCGUCCCCGACACUACCGCACCGGUCGGGGGCAUGGACGAGGCGUUUGGGACGGUGGGCGAGGAAGGGACGGGGUUGGUAGAGGGCCCUCGCCAGCCCCUGUCCCGCUCUCUCCCGGGCGGGAAGAACCCAGUGUCGGUGCUGAUGGAGUUCAGCCAGCGCACCGGAAGCUCCAUCGAGUUCAUCAACACCGGCCAGGAAGGCCCGCCGCACGACCCACGGUUCAUGUACCGAGUGAAGGUCGGGGAGGGCCUGUGUGCCGAGGCCUCCGCCCCAAGUAAGAAGGCGGCCCGUCAGCUCGCCGCCGAGGAGGCUGUAAAGGAGCUGAUGGCAGACGGGAGGCUGCAGCUCAACAAGCCCCAGUUGCCGCUGGGCUCCGGGGACAGCGAGGAGGGCGGCUCCGGGUCGACCUGCCCCUCGCUGCCCCCCCUGACGGCGGACGAACUGCGGGCGGCCCACGAGGCCGGGGUGGGCGACCUCAUCAACCACCUCAACAAUAACGCCGUGUCCGGGCUGCUGGAGUACGCCCGGGCCCGCGGCUUCGCUGCCGAGAUCCGCCUGGUGGGCCAGACCGGGCCGCCCCACGAGCCCAAGUUCACCUACCAGGCCAAGCUGGGCGGCCGCUGGUUCCCCCCGGUCUGCGCGUCCAAUAAGAAGCAGGGCAAGCAGGAGGCAGCGGACGCUGCUCUGAGGGUUCUGAUCGGUGAGGCGGAGAGGGCGGCCCGCACGGGGGAGCUGAUACCUGCAGAGCUCCCUGUCAGUGGCAGCACGUUGCAUGACCAGAUCGCCAUGUUGAGCCACCAGCGCUUCAACGCGCUCACCACGCGCAUCCAGCACAGCCUCCUGGGCCGCAAGAUCCUGGCCACCAUCGUGAUGCGGCGCGGGGAGGGGCUGGGCACGGUCGUCAGCCUGGGCACUGGGAAUCGGUGUGUUAAAGGGGAGGAGCUGAGCCUUAAAGGGGACACGGUUAAUGACUGCCACGCCGAAAUCAUUUCCAGAAGGGGAUUUCUUCGCUUCCUGUACAGCGAGCUGCUCAAGUACCACGAGGGAGACGAGGGCAGCAUCUUCGAGGCGGCCGAGGAGAACCGACUGAGGGUCAAAUCUGACAUCACCUUUCACCUCUACAUCAGCACGGCGCCCUGUGGGGACGGGGCCUUUGACAAGUCCUGCAGUGAGACGGGGGACGAGGUGGAAGGCCACCAUCCUCUGUUUGAGAACUCCAAGCAGGGCAAGCUCCGCACCAAAGUGGAGAAUGGCGAGGGCACCAUCCCAGUGGAGUCCAGCGCCAUCGUGCCCACCUGGGACGGCAUCCAGCACGGGGAGCGCCUCCGCACCAUGAGCUGCAGCGACAAGAUCCUGCGCUGGAACGUAGUGGGCCUGCAGGGGGCGCUCCUCAGCCACUUCCUGCACCCCAUCUACCUCAAGUCCAUCACACUAGGCUAUCUGUACAGCCACGGCCACCUGACCCGGGCCGUCUGCUGCCGACUGGCCAGGGACGGGGAGGGCUUUUCCAAGAGUCUUCCUUCUCCCUUCAGACUCAACCACCCCGAGGUGGGCCGGGUGAGUGUGUACGACUCCACGCGGCACACGGGGAAGACCAAGGAGUCCAGCGUGAACUGGAGCUUCCCGGACCAGCUGAGCGUGGAGGUGUUGGACGGGACCAAGGGGAUACUGGAUGGGCCGAGAGACGACGUGUCCCGGGUGUCCAAGUCCAAUCUAUUCCGCCAGUUCCGCCUGGCGUGCGAGCUGUGCGGCCGGCAGGACCUGCUCGCACUGCCCUCCUACUCCCAGGCCAAGGUGUCGGCGCUGACCUUCCAGCUGGCCAAGCAGAACUUCUUCCAGGCCUACGUCCACGGCUAUGGGGCGUGGAUUGGCAAGCCGCUGGAGGAGAAGAGCUUUGAGUCGGCAGAGUCUGUGUUCAUCCUAGGGGGAGGAGGGCCCGCUGUGGUCUAG